AUGGACCAACUCCCACAAGACUUACUCUCUGUGACUGGGAAAUCUACCAGACAUAUUAAUAUUCUACUCAUCAAUCCUAAUUCCACCGGGUACAUGACUGAAGCCUGUCUCCGCUGUGUACAACCUACACUACCAGGACACGUCACCGUCGACGGCUUCACAUGUCCGAAGCCCGGGCCAAGUGCAAUCGAGGGCAAGGUGGAUGCUGUGCUAUCUGCAGCAGACUGCUUCCGGGCGCUGGCACCGCUUUUGCGAGAACCGGGGCGAUUUGAUGGAUUGCUCGUCGCCUGCUUCUCUGCGCACCCACUCAUUGCCAUGCUGCGUGAGGAGUACCCACAGCCGACGAUUGGGAUCAUGGAGGCGGCCCUCUAUGCAAGCCGCAUGUGUGGCCACAAGCUAGGUAUCGUCACUACAAGUGAAAGAUCGAGCGCGCUACAUACACAGUCCAUCAGCGAUUACGGACUCGAAGCUUACUCUGCUGGCUGUGAAACCGGCCAUGUUUCAGUACUAGAGCUGGAGUCCAAGCCUCAGGAAGAGGUGUACGCCAAUCUGGUGGCUGCAGCCAACAGGCUCGUAGAGAAAGGGGCCGACUGUAUCUGCUUGGGCUGUGCCGGGAUGACUGGGAUGCAUGAAGCCGUGAGCGACGCCGUUGGUAUGGCGGAGGGGAAGACGAUGGUCAUAGAUGGAGUUGCUUUGGGAGUACAGUUUCUCGUCGCCUUGGCACAAGAGAGUCUUAGCACGGCAAAAGGGGGUGCCUUUCGUAGCUCAGCAGCCGGACGGGAGAGAAGAGGCCAGGAUUGGCUAUAA